CGCCACCUUUGCAAAAUCUCAGGAAAUCUAACGAUCUAUCAAGAGUCUUUCCGAAGGUAGACGCCACCUUGCAAGAUGGCAGGAGCUACGUCCAUACUUUAUUUAUUUGCGGUGGCCAUAGUUGGUCAGGCCUUGACACCAUCUACAUUCCUAACCACGGUUGACCAGAAGAGACUGACCAAUGUGUUCAAGGCUGCCCAGCCCUACACAGAUGCAGCCAGUGCCCAUUACUCCAUUCUUGGGCUGAAAUUGCUAGGAUCUCCUGUUGCUAAUGCAAAGGAGACAUGCAAGACUGUCACCUCCUUGGUCCAACCAGAUGAUGUGGCAUCACUUUACCAUGCAUCUGCAGCAGCAGCGGCCCUUGGCAACUGCAAGGUGACAGCUGCUGGGGCAGAAGCCCUCCUUGGAGCAGCCAUUAAAGACACUGCUCCAGUAAUGGAUAUAUUCCAAGCAUUUUUUGCCCUGAAAAAUCUAGGGCUUAAAGCUGACAAUGCUAAGAUUGGCACAGCUUUAACAGAAGCUCUCAAAAAAGAUGAUACUCCAUUAAGUUAUGGGUAUGCAUUUUUAGUAGCGGCAGAGCUACCCUCUGAAAAUAAGAUGUUUGACAGCAUCGAGGAUAUCAUUGCACAAGCUGAUGAAGUAGAUGACAAAUACUUACAGUUUGAAGGAGGACUGUUUGUGACAUCAUUGAUCAUAGACGGAGCUUAUAAAUUAGCUCAGAAAGCAAAGAAAGCACCAACUCUAUCACCUGAUAAAGUGAUGAAAUUUUCUAAUUAUUUCCUGAGCCGUAAACAUGUACAUCAGCUGAGAGCCGCCUGUCAUUUUGUGUCCGUUAGCAAGACCCUCACAGACAAUAAGUACCACAUUCCAGUUGCGGUGACUCUGGCUAGUCCUGUUGCUGUCAGCCAGUCUUCAGCCGUAGUGCAGGUGCGUGUGACCAACCUGAUGGGUAAUUCCCUGGGAGACCUGACUGUGACUGCUGACAGUGCCCGUCACCUUGGAGAUGAAGCCAUCGUACUUAGCAAGAAGCCCUUUACUGCAAGCAAAACAGACAGUUCUCUGUACGAGCUGAACUUCAUGCAGACCAAGCCUGCUAGAGGAUUCUACAAGUUGACCAUCAGUGUGGCUCCAAAGAAAGCCGACAGUCGUCUGAUUGGUACAACCGGGGCAGAGGUUGAGGUGAAAGUAACAACACAGGUGUCUGUUGAAAACGUGGAAGUAGGAGUGGCGGACAAAGAUCAGACGACGGCUGCCAGAACUACCAAGAUCCAGCACCCUAACAAGGCUGCUAACCCGUUUGAGGCCGAUUAUCACCAGAAGAUGGUGAUGAAGUUCCAGCUGAAGGAGAAGGUGUCCGGUAAACCACUUACCGCUCAUCAGACUUUUGUCAAGAUGACAAACCAAAACACAAACCAAGAGAUCAUUUUUGUAGCCGAGACCACUGGAGACUCGUACAAGUUUGAUUUGGAUGUUGGAUCUAGCGCUUCUGACUUUGGUCAUCAGUCCGGUAAAUAUACCAUGGAGCUGAUUGUAGGUGAUGCUGUCAUAGAGAACCCUUUCUCUUGGACAUUGGCUGAUGUCAACCUGAUAUUCCCUGAGCGAACAACAGAAAAAGAGACAGCUGAGAACAGAUAUGCCAAGAAACCAGAGAUCAAGCACAUGUUCCGUGAGGCUGAGAAGAGACCCCCAGCAAUGGUAUCCAUGACGUUCACAGCUCUAGUCUUCCUGCCUGCCCUCAUCCUUCUGUUCUUGUGGAUGCAGAUCGGAACUAACAUCAGUAACUUCCCGAUGUCAAUGAGCGCUAUUGGUUUCCACUUGUGUCUUGGAGCUGUGUUUGCUUUGUACUACUGCUACUGGACACACCUGUCCAUGUUUGAAACCCUGAAAUACCUGGGUCUCGUCUGCAUUCCGCUAUUUAUAUUUGGAAACAGAUUACUCAGUGGAAUAGCAGCUAAAAGGAAGGGAGAGAAAAAAUCCUAGGGAUGAAGUAGAACCAUUUUAUCAUUGAUAAAAAAAA